GCCAUCUAAAGUUUGGGCUAACAUUUGCGAUGGUUUCUUUACCCUUUACUACAUUUCCCAGCAUGCCGGGGGAGGUGAGCUCCAGAACGGACGUCCCACUUCCAUUCCCACAUCCAAUGUCAGGCCGCCCAAAAUGGCGAGAGAGGCUACGGGGACGCGCUGAGCAGCGGAGGCGAGCGUGCAGAGCCUCUGCGGCCCUCACAGUCUGGAACCCGGCGGGACCUGCCGCCAGGAACAUGCACUUUUCUAUUCCUGAAACCGAGUCCCGCAGCGGGGACAGCGGGGGCUCCGCCUACGUGGCCUAUAACAUUCAUGUGAAUGGAGUCUUGCACUGUCGGCUCCGGAAGGAGUAUGGGGCCAAUGUGCUUCCUGCAUUCCCCCCAAAGAAGCUUUUCUCUCUGACACCUGCUGAGGUAGAACAGAGGAGGGAGCAGUUAGAGAAGUACAUGCAAGCUGUUCGGCAAGACCCAUUGCUUGGAAGCAGUGAGACCUUCAAUAGUUUCCUGCGUAGAGCACAGCAGGAGACACAGCAGGUCCCCACAGAAGAAGUCUCCUUGGAAGUGCUGCUUAGCAACGGGCAGAAAGUUCUGGUUAAUGUGCUAACUUCAGAUCAAACUGAAGAUGUCUUAGAGGCCGUGGCUGCAAAGUUGGAUCUUCCAGAUGACUUGAUUGGAUACUUUAGUCUCUUUCUAGUUCGAGAAAAAGAGGAUGGAGCAUUUUCUUUUGUGCGGAAAUUGCAAGAUUUUGAGCUGCCUUAUGUGUCUGUUACCAGUCUACGGAGUCAAGAGUAUAAGAUUGUGUUAAGGAAAAGUUAUUGGGACUCUGCCUAUGAUGACGAUGUCAUGGAGAACCGGGUUGGCCUGAACCUGCUUUAUGCUCAGACGGUGUCAGAUAUUGAGCGUGGGUGGAUCCUGGUCACCAAGGAACAGCACCGGCAGCUCAAGUCUCUGCAAGAGAAGGUCUCCAAGAAAGAGUUUCUGCGGCUGGCACAGACACUGCGGCACUAUGGCUACUUGCGCUUUGAUGCCUGUGUGGCUGACUUUCCAGAGAAGGACUGUCCAGUGGUCGUGAGUGCAGGCAACAGUGAGCUCAGCCUCCAGCUCCGCCUGCCUGGCCAGCAACUCCGUGAAGGUUCCUUCCGGGUCACCCGCAUGCGGUGCUGGCGGGUUACAUCUUCUGUGCCACUUCCCAGUGGAGGCACAAGCAGCCCGGGCCGGGGCCGGGGUGAAGUGCGCCUGGAACUGGCUUUCGAAUACCUCAUGAGCAAGGACCGACUACAGUGGGUCACCAUCACCAGCCCGCAGGCUAUCAUGAUGAGCAUAUGCUUGCAGUCCAUGGUAGAUGAACUGAUGGUGAAGAAAUCUGGUGGCAGCAUUAGAAAGAUGCUACGCCGGCGGGUGGGGGGCACCCUGAAGCGCUCAGAUAGUCAGCAAGCAGUGAAGUCCCCGCCACUGCUUGAGUCCCCUGAUGCCAGCCGGGAGUCCAUGGUCAAACUCUCAAGCAAGCUGAGUGCCGUGAGCUUACGAGGGAUUGGCAGUCCCAGCACAGAUGCCAGUGCCAGUGAUGUCCAUGGCAAUUUCGCCUUCGAGGGCAUUGGGGAUGAGGAUCUGUAAUCUCCACUGCUUGAAUGCUUGCCCUCUACCCAGAGGAAUACACAGAAACUUGCCCUGUGCCUGUGUCCCCCCAAACUGGGGGUCUUUUCCUUCCUAGUGUUCCCUUUUCUCCCCUCGGCCAGGGGCCUCCUAACCUACCUUCUCCCCUACCCCCCACCCCAACCCCCAGGGCUGGCUGCACAAAGGAUUGCCCCCUUUCUUUUUUCCAAGCUGGCCCUCAAUGCCAAAUUAGCAUUUAGUAUUUUGCACAAAGUCCAAGGGACCAUGGCUGCCUGCCUUGGGGAGGAACUAAGCUCUCCCUGGCUGCUUCUGACUCUUGGGGCCAUGAGCCAAGGGGAUGGGCAGAGGUCUAUGUAUGGUUUGGCCCAGCUCCCCAUUAUUAAACUCAGCCUGAUUGCUGCCUGCCUCUCACUGGUUCCCUCACUGCCUCCGCUCCCUGACCACAGCAGGGACUGCUAUGCUAAGGGGGAGGCUGAGCUGUGUCUGGCAGUGCUAACUCAGCGUAGACGUGGCUUUGUUAGUGUUUCCUUUAUUAUAAAGCAUUGAAAUAAGUUAAAUAAACAGAUGGGAGGCUGAGCAGUUCCCCCAGCCAGUCCCUCCACAGCCCCUGGAAGCAGUGCCCUUCUCACUGAGCUCAUGAAGUGCAUCAGUCAAGGCAAGGCCCCUGGUCCAUAUGGGCCCCCUGUCCAUGGGGUUUGGGCUGGUCCAUAUAGUGCCUAAGUUAGUCUGUCUGGAGCCCCUGGCCAGCGGGGGGAUAAAGGAGGUGGCGGCUUCUGGUCAGUCUGUAUAAAAGAUACAUGAGGA